AUGGCCUCCACGAGCGACAUUCUGACCACGAAUCCAUACGAGUCACAUCCAAGCUUGUCGCCUCUGGAAGCGGAAGUACUUUGGGAAUAUGCGAAACUGGCCCAUCAUGUGAAGCUGGCUACCCAGAAGACGCGUGCUUUGGCCGAGCAGCCUGAUCAGAGGAUGCUACCUCAGUUGAGGGACCUGGAAAAGAAGAUGGGACUUGUCCUGACUCUAUUCAAAGCAUCUGUAUGGGGUGUCAUAAACGAACAGCCAGCACCAGAAUCAUCACAAGAGGACUCGGGAGACAUGACAGUCAGGUACUAG